AUGACGCCUGCCACAAAGCGGCUCAAGAAAGCUGCUCGCAUUAUUCUCAUCGGAGCCCCCGGCGUGGGAAAAGGUACACAGACCGAACGGCUGCUCUCGCGGUUUCCGCAGCUGGCUGCCAUCAGCUCGGGGGACUUGUUGCGCGAAAAUGUUCGGAAGAGGACUACGCUAGGCCUUCAGGCCGAAGCUCUCAUCCAAGCCGGGAGUCUAGUACCGGAUGCUGUCAUGCUUGAUCUGAUCUCUUCGGAGCUGGCUGUCAAAGGCUGGCUUACGCCCUCUGAAUCUACGCCAUCUUCUUCUCCUGCCCACGCCUCUUCCAUCUCCUCGUCGUCGUCCCGUCCAAAUACAAUAAUGCCGUCGGCAUCGUUCAUCCUAGACGGCUUUCCACGAACAGCAGUACAAGCCUCGAGCCUAGAUCGAAUACUGCCCAUCAACUUCGUCGUACAUCUCUUCACACCACCAUCCGUCAUCAUAUCGCGAAUAACGAAGCGCUGGGUUCAUGCACCUUCGGGACGAGUGUACAACACUGAAUUCAACCCUCCAAAGGUCGAGGGCAAGGAUGACGUUACGGGAGAAGCGUUAACGCAACGCGCUGAUGACUCUAUAGACACUUGGAAGCAGCGGCUGGAGAAAUUUGAGGAGUCCAGCAAAGCACUCAUUGAGCAUUAUGACAGACAGGGCUGUCUUUGGCGGGUGGAAGGAAACUCGAGCGAUGAAAUCAGCCCCAAGCUCUUUGCGGAAAUUGAGCGGAGAUUUGCCUGA